GCCAUGUGGUCAGUUAUCUUCCUUUUGCUGAUUGCAGUAGUCUCUGCCUUGCAGUCCCUCCCGCCAGUUCAAUGGAACAGCUUGGGUUCUGAACACGGCGGUUUUGACAUUGCCACGAUCGACCGAAAUAUCUAUAUCACCCAUAGUUUCGCAUCAGACAGAGAUGAAAAUGGCCUAACACUUAUUCCUCCGUCGGCUAUUGAAUUUGCAAAUACCUUUCGCCAAGAUCUAGAGGAAAUAACAGGCGACUCAUGGAACCUUCACCCUGUUGAAGAGUUGCCCGACGGACAAACGGGCAUUUUUCUUGACAGGCUAGAUAGCUCGCAAGGCGUAUUGACGUAUGAAAAUGGAGAUGUCACCGAAGAGGGCUACAAGCUCCAGGUCCAACCUGGACGCGUCUCGAUCCUCGGUUCAGGCGCCCGUGGAAUGUGGUGGGGAACACGAACUUUGCUGCAACAGUUGUUGAUAGCUCACAACCAUCCCAUCCCGUCUGGUCAGGUGGUUGACGCGCCCUCGUUUCCAACGCGAGGGUUCUUACUAGAUGCCGGGAGGAAAUGGUAUUCACCCUCGUACCUCAAGGCCCUAUGCACUUAUGCGUCGUUUUUCAAGCUGUCUGAAUUUCAGUAUCAUACGAGCGACAACUACCCCUUAAGUCGUGGCCACAACGAAACCUGGCAAGAUGUUUACGCACAGUUCUCCUUGCGACCGGAGAGCCCUGAGCUGCAGGGAAUCGUACAGAGACCAAACGAAACACUCUCCCGGGCGGACUUUGAGGAUCUUCAGCGGCACUGUGCGCAACGAGGCGUGACUGUCAUCCCAGAGAUCGAAGCACCUGGUCACAGCUUAUUUAUUACCAAAUGGAAGCCAGAGUUGGCCUUAGACAGCAAAGAUCUCUUGAACCUGUCCCAUCCGGAGACCAUUCCCCUAGUGAAGUCCAUCUGGACUGAGUUUCUGCCAUGGUUCCAGACGAAGGAGGUCCAUAUCGGCGCUGAUGAGUAUGAUGCUACACUAGCGGACGACUAUAUUGAUUUUGUGAACGAGAUGGCGGAGUUCAUGGAUGACAAGGCCGGCAAGACAAUCCGGAUCUGGGGAACAUACGAACCAUCCGACACCCGCAACAUCUCAAAAGAUGUCAUUAUUCAACAUUGGCAGUAUGGACAAUCCGACCCAGUCGAUUUGGCCGAGCAGGGCUGCGAAAUUAUCAACUCAGAGGACUGGUGGGCUUACAUGUCGUUGAAGAAUGAUCACAUGCCGAUAUUCCCGGCCCCGUAUCCAGAUUUUUUCAAUAACUCCAGAGUGCUCAACUUUGCGGACAGAGAUGGAUGGCAGUGGACACCGGCUCUCUUCAACCCGGUGAACGUUACCGAGCAGCCCGACCCGAAGCCCGUCAAGGGUGCCAUCUUGGCCGCAUGGAAUGAUAAUGGACCGGAUGCAACGACACAGUUAGAGUCUUACUACGCGAUCCGCAAUGGCAUUCCUGUUGUUGCAGCGAGGGCGUGGGCUGGAAACCGUGGACCCAGCAUCAAUGUAUCCACUUUGUCAGACUCGAUGGACGUGUUGACCUCGAAGGCCGUGGCUCAGAAUUUGGACCGACAGAUUCUCCGCCAGAAUCAGGAUGCCCAUGAACUGAUAAGUUGGACAAACCCUUCGGAGAAUAUAAACCGCGACAAGAUCUAUCUAGGAUACGGCAGCAAGGGGAUGAACUAUGAGUUGACUCUAAAUGUUUCCGGCCCAUUUACCCUGUCGUCCAACGACUCCACCCUUGCAUUGUCAUCAGACGGCAACCUGACAUUUGUUUCAGACGGAUGGGAGUAUCCCCUGCGCUCUAUAGAAGAAACGGCUGGGUUCGAUCCAAGCUAUCCAGGACGGAUUUGGACGAACGAGACCUCCUCAUCCCACGAGCCGGUGGCCGUCCCAUUACAGAGCCAUAUCACUAUUCGGACCGACAUGAUCGGCGGUAGUCGGGUUUGGGUCAAUGAGGGAUUCGUUGGAAGAUUCGAGGUGCUGGUAUUUGGUGGCAAAAACCGGCUAUUAUCAUGGAGCCAGAUGGCGUUCGUGGCACCACUGGAGUGGAUCGAAGGGAGCAUCCAACAGUUGACAGCCAACUCCUCCGCCUCAGGCGGCUACAUAUGGGGCCACUAUGUAGCAACAGCCACAAACGCAACGCGACACAACUACGCCGUCAGCGGAGGCGCAUGCUCGAACAAAAUCACGCCACGGACAAUGUCUGGCCUGAACAUGCCCUACCCAUCCGUUCUGGAAUACGAGAUCCCGGCUUUCCUUGCAGACAGCCAAUAUGUAGACUCCCAGGGGAACCGAUUCCUCGACAUCCCCGCCGACGAAACAGUCUAUGCGAUCUGGAUUGGGACGAACGAUCUAGGCAAUUACGCCUUUCUAACUGACUCCCAGGUCCAGGGGAAGGUGAUCUCGGAUUACGUGGAGUGUGUAUAUGAAUCUCUGGAUCGGAUUUAUGCAAGCGGCGGACGGUACUUUGUAUUGAUGAAUCUGGCGCCGUUGCAGUUGACGCCGCAGUAUGCUUUGCUGGAGGACGGGGGCGCGAAGACUGUCUCCUGGUGGCCUGAUAAGCCUGGUAACCAGACUUUGAUCAGCUACCGCAUGUGGGAGCAGGUGGUUAAUGUUAAUGAGGUGUUUCGGUAUAGGACGCCUUAUGAGGUGUUGGUUGCUGAUAGGUAUCCUGGGGCUGGGGUUGCGGUUAUGGAUAUGUAUGGGUUGUUAUCCGAUAUCUACUAUAAUCCGGAUGACUGGUUCGGAGACGUCGGUGCCAAUGUAACGGGGUUCGUGAAGCAUUGUAAUGCCGAGGGCAAGGAUUGUGUCCGGUUACCGGAUGAGGAGAAUUUUAUGUGGUUUGACGAGUUGCAUCCGUCUCAAACGACGGAUAAGUUUAUUGCGGAGGAGUUUGUGAAGGUGGUUAAUGGGAAGAGUGAAUGGGCGACGUAUUGGUGA